AUGGCUUCCAUCAUGAACGAUGAGCAUCAGCAUCAGUCAUCGACCAAUGACCCAAGGGAAGUUGAGGAGAAGCUAUGCCAGCUAAUGAAGGACAAUUUGCACACUACCGCAAACGAUCCCACUGAAGCUGAGAAACAACCUCAUCAGCCAGAUUCCUCUCCUCCUCUCGACGGUCCUCCCACCGACUCGUCUUCGAGCCCCCACGACGACAACAAGACGAACGAAGAAGCGGAUGAACCGAGAAUCCAAGCAAAGGAGGCAACUGGGCUCAACAACGACCCGUCUCCAAGCCCCAACGAUGACAAGAAGACGGACAAACGAGCAGAUGGAGAAGCGGAUGAAUCGACAACCCCAGCAAAGAACGAAACCAAGCCCGCCGACGACGAGCUGUCCCAGUCAUCGGAAGACGAGUCGAACUCCCCCGAACCAGACCCAAGCGAAACCAAAGCCGACAGACUGCGGCGCGAGCGACGGGCCGAGUUGGACGAUUAUAUCAAACGGGAUCGCAAGGAUCUAAUGCCGCGCCAUAUCUGGCAAAUGGAGCAAGACUUCCAACGUACAGACUGGCAGGCUUGCGCUACAGAUCCAUCUUAUCAGCCACCAGUAGGCACAGAACUGGAAUUGAGCGAAGCCGAAGCUGAAGAGCUACAGCGCCAGGAACGAGAGUGGUGUAGGUCAUAUGAGGAGAACAUGAAAUGUGAAGAUUUUUGCGGGAUACCAGACGAGGAAUGGUUGGCCGAUCUGAAAGCAGAGCAGACAAGUAAAAAUGAAGCGGCGGACGAAUCGACAACCCCAGCAAAGGAAGAAACCAAGCCCUACGACCAGAUGCCUCAGCCAUCAGGAAAUGAGCCGAAUACCCAGCUUUGUCCAAGCGAGACCAAAGCUGACAGAAUGCGACGUCAGCGCCGGGCCCAGUUGGAUGAUGAGAUCAACAUCAAUCGCAAGCAUUUAUUGCCCCGUCUUGUCUGGCAAAUGGAACAAGACUUCCGACUUACAGACUGGCAGGCUUACGCUACAGAUCCAUCUUAUCGGCCACCGCUUGCUACACGACUGGAACUGAGCGAGUCUGAAGCUGAAGAGCUGCGGCGCCAGGAACGGGUAUUCUGGGAGCAAAAAGACUUGCCAUAUGACAGAAACUCAAGGAUUAUGCCACUGGAAUAUGAGGGAAUUAUACCCGAUGACGAUUGGUUUUACGAUCUAAAGGCCGAGCCAAUGAGUAGAGAGGAAGAGCGACGCUACUAUGAGCAAAAGUCCCGUACGAAGAUAAGUGAGGGUUAUGAGGAUGAUCGGAAUAUUACAGCGGUCGCUCCAAACGAAGCCGAAAACAGCCUUGCUAGCGACCAGAUUAGAACCGAUUCUUUGCGAAAUGGUCAUUGA